UGCUUAGGUAUCAGUUAUCAGUUAGUUUUGGAACUAAUAACAACACAGACCACAAUGUUCAAGCUGGUGGUGUUGUCAGUGCUCGCGGUAGCGUCCGCUAACCCCAGCGGUGUGUGGGGCGCUGGCUGGGGUGGACCCCUCGCCGCUGGUUGGGGCGCAGGAUGGGGUCACGCAGGUGUCGCCGCCCCCUUGGCUGUAGCUGCCCCCGUGGCUGCGGUUGCCGCUCCCGUUGGUGCAUACAACUACAGAGGCCCGUUGUCUUUGGCUCCCGGCCAGCCUGCCAACAUCUUGGCAGCUGACGGCAGGCCUCUAGACACACUCAGCGUGAACCUGGACCGUGCAGUUCACCUUACAGCGAAGGCUGUCGAGGGACGCGGCCACUGGCUGAGGAAAAGAUCAAUUGGAGCUGCUUUGAUCGCGGCACCUCUUGCCUCCUGGGCUGCUCCCGCUGUGGCCGUGUCCACAUCUUCCCGUGUCGACAUUCCCGCAGCUCGCGUCAUUGCACCCGUAGGUGUCACCGCUGCACCCAUCGCACCCUGGGGUUUGGGUCACGGUGCUCGUUGGGGUCAGCUUUGGUGAAAAUGAAAAUGACGUAACUAGGAUUUUUCAAUUUUAUGAUAACAAAUUAUAAACACAACAAUAAAAAAUAUAGUUCAAAACUUAA